UUGUAGGGAACGAUGAGGGAUUAACCUCAAACCUCAAUGAUGCUCUAUCCAGUUGCGAAAAAAUUCCAUUCAUGGCUAUUGAGAAUGAAGGAUCGACUGAAAGGAUAAAUGGAACAUACCGCUAUGUAUUACGUCUUUAUAGUCACCUUAUUAAUGGCCAAAAGGCACUGGUAACUCUUAUAGACAUUCAAAUUUUCUUUGACAUUCUCGUACCAGAUGGAGAGACUCCAGAUAAAUGUGAAGAAAAGAGAAAGAAAGCCAUCCAAGCUAUCCAAGAAAAUAAUUUUGAAACUGCUUCAGAUGAUUUAUACUCAUUCCACCGAAAGGUAGCUCGAGAAAAUAGAAUCCAACUCUCUGGAUGGUUUACAAUAAACAAAUAUAUACGUAAGAAAGCUCUCUUACGAGAUCGCACUCUUAUCCUUACAUGGGAUAUAGAAAUAUAUGCCUCACAAAUGGGAGAAUUUGCAGAAGUUCUUGAACAGAAAAACAAGGUCUUUAUGAUUGGUAUGACAUUAUAUUGGAAAGAUGAUCCAAAACCAUUAAAACAAAUCUGUCUUAUUGACGUUGAAAAUGCAUCAGACCCACGAUGGGUUACAAUCAUAUGUGGAAAUCAAGUAAAUUUGCUAAAAGCUUUCACUCUCUGCUGGCGAGCAUUUGCCUCUGACAUUCAACGAAUAAUAGGAAAGUUCGAAACAAAGGAAAAAAUCCUAAAGUGGAAAUAUCAUGGAAAGAUAGGAGCAAAAUCUGAAAAUAAUUUCAUGAUGAAAGGAAAGAAAAAGGAUACAGACGAAGAGAGGACCAUAUGGGGAUCAGGUGAGAAGAUCGAGGAAAAGAAAGAUUAUAUGGGAGCAAUUAAGAUCAAAAUUACUGCAGAAGAGGAUUUCUUUUUCAUCGAAAAGGAAGGGUCACUUAAAUUCUUCUUAAAAAAGUGUGGCCUCGACACUAAAGCUGACAUGCCAUAUGAUGAAAU